UGUCAGAGAAACUUGGCUAUAACAAAGUUUCUUAACAGUCAUUUUAAAGAAGAUUCAAGUUAGGGAACAUGGAUAUCACAUUUGUGCUCACAUUACUCCUUAUUUUGUUUAUCAUUUAUAUUUUGAACAACUCAAUAUGGAAUGCAAAGUAUAGAAAGCUUCCCCCAGGUCCCACCCCACUGCCAUUAAUUGGGAAUUUGUUGCAGAUAAAAAGCGGACAGCUGACAAAAUUCUUAAUACAGACAGGUGAGCAGUAUGGCUCUGUGUAUACAGUGUAUUUUGGACCCCAUCCUGUGGUCAUUAUUAGUGGAUACAAGGCUGUGAAAGAAGCUCUGAUUGACCAAGGAGAAGAAUUUAGUGGCAGAGGAAGCUUGCCGUCUGUGGACAAAGGUUUUCAAGGCUACGGUCUGGUUUUCAGCAAUGGAGAACGUUGGAAGCAAAUGCGGCGUUUCUCUAUUACAACGCUCAGGAACUUUGGAAUGGGAAAGAGAAGUAUCGAGGAGCGGAUUCAAGAAGAGGCAAAAUACUUGGUUGAGGAACUCAAGUCUCAUAACGAAGCUCCUCUUGAUCCCAGAAACAUUCUCACUCAAGCUGUUACCAAUGUCAUCUGCUCUAUGGUCUUUGGAAAUAGAUAUGAAUAUGAGGAUGUACAGAUGUUGAAACUUCUUAAUCUGUUUAAUGAAAACGUACAAAUAAUGAACUCAGCUUGGGGACAGCUUCAGGAUUUGUUUCCAAGCAUCAUGUACCGCCUACCAGGACCUCACCAGAAACUACAUAAAAUUUUAAGCGAUUUGCUAGAAUUUGUGUCCGAUAGAGUCAAGAGGAACCAAGAAACAUUGGACCCAAGUUCGCCAAGAAACUUCAUUGAUUGUUUUAUCAUUAAAAUGCAACAGGAGAAGCAAAACCCAGAAUCUGAAUUCAACAUGAGGAACCUGAUGAGCAAUGUGCUCAACUUGUUUUUUGCUGGGACAGAGACUGUUAGCAGCACUAUUAGACACGGACUUCUUAUUUUUCUGAAAUAUCCAGAAAUCCAAACAAAAGUGCAGCAGGAAAUUGAUCAUGUGAUAGGGCAUAAUCGUUGCCCAAAUAUUGAUGAUAGGAGUAAGAUGCCGUACACAGAUGCAGUGAUCCAUGAAAUCCAAAGGUUUUGUGAUAUUAUCCCAACUAAUUUACCUCAUGCCGUCAUAAAGGAUACUAAAUUUAGAGGAUAUACAAUACCAAAGGGUACAAAAGUUUUCCCUUUGCUAUGCUCCGUUUUACGAGAUCCAACACAAUUCUCUACACCGGACAAAUUCAACCCAAAUCAUUUUCUGGACGACUCUGGCUCCUUUAAGAAGAAUGAUGCGUUCAUGCCAUUUUCUACAGGGAAACGGAUAUGUAUAGGGGAGGGCCUGGCUCGUAUGGAACUUUUCCUUUUCUUUUCUAACAUCCUACAGAACUUUACACUGACCUCUAAAAUGCAGUUUACAGAAGCUGAUAUUGUCCCCAAAAUGACUGGAAUUGCAAACGUUGCUAUACCUUACAAGUUGUCUUUUGAAGCUCGCUAAGAAUUCAAUCAGUUAUCCAAUGCUGCUCAUGAGAAAGUUUUUUACGAUUCUUAAAGACACUGUCCAUCAUUAUUAUGACGGUGUUUAGGUUGGAGACUAUCCGGGAUGUUGAUAGAAAAAGGGACUUUAAGUUCCAAAUAAAGGGACAUGAAACUUAAUUUUUUUCUUUCAUGAUAUAGAUAGAGAAUAUAAUUUUUAAAAAGUUUUUAUUUUACUUCUAUUAUCAAAUUUGUAUCGUUCUCUUGUUAUUCUUUGUUGAAGAGAUGUCCAGAUAGGUAGCGUGUACAUGUCGGGAGAACUUGCUAAUGUAUGACACUUUUGCAAAAACUGCUGCAAUAUAAAGCUACAGACACGUGCUGAAUUUACCUUUCUGCUUUUCAACAAAUAGUAACAAGAAAACAAAGACAAAAUUAUCAAACAAGUAAAUUGGAAAAAAAAUUUAAUUGUAUGUUCUAUCUGAAUCAUGAAAGAAAAUGUUUGGGUUUGUUUUUUUUUUCUUUUUAAGUUUUGUUAUUCAUUUAAAGCAUGCAAUUUACAAAACAACAAUUUUCCAAUAUACAUUCUGAGUCUCCAGCUCCUAUAAAGUGUACAGUACAUAUGUAAAUGCAUUUUGUGAUUGGUUGAUGGCUGUCACAUGAUAUAUGGGAAGGGAAAAUUUGAUUUACUUUAAAAUUUGCCAGAAAUUAUUCUAUU